UGUGCACACAUCGUUGAACUCCUCAAAUUCCAUAAUUAAUUUGACAUAAUUCGCGUUAGAUAAAUAGAGCAUGUAUUGGGAAUAUUAUUCAAAAGUGUUAACAUUUUAUGAUCGAGGAAAGUGACUUCAGUUGAGCUCUUGAUUUCGUUGAGAAAACUUUCUCCCCGUGGUUCCCGGUAGCAGUUGUUUUAAUUGUGCACAAUUAAAUAUGAAAGCUAAAGAGAAACUAUCAGUGCUAUAUCAGAAGAUGGACGAUAAGUUUGUCCAGCAGUUUGGGUUCAAAAUAAAAGAGGUCACAUUCGACAAGGUGCUAGACUAUAUGUAUGCUCCCAAGGACUCUUCCAGUUUGGCUGUCACCAGGAUUUUGUUUGGUCUAGCAAUGCUAUUCGACAUCCCGGAUGAGCGCGGCGGUGCCACGAUGGUGAAGCGCUGGGGCGAUCCCAACACCUGCCACUUUCCACUCCUGCCGUUUGUUACAUCAGUCGGCAUGCCUUACAUGGCACUCGUUUAUGCUACGCUGUGGAUUGGAGCGCUCUGCAUCAUGCUAGGCUACAGGUUCCGUAUAGCGGCGCCCGUGUUCACCGCGUGCUACUGGUACCUGUUCCUCAUUGAGAAGAGCUUCUGGAACAACCACAGCUAUCUGUUCGGGCUGGUCGCCAUGCUGCUCAGCUGUACGGAAGCUAAUUGCUAUUGGUCCCUAGACACUUAUCUAAACCCUACAACAAAAAAGUCAACAGUGCCAUACUGGAACUAUUUCCUACUGAAGUACCAGUUCUUCAUCCUGUACUUCAUGGCUGGCAUGAAGAAGGGUACGGCGGAGUGGCUCACUGGUUACUCCGUGCAGAACCUCAGCGAGCAUUGGGUGUUUGAUCCUUUCAAAUACUUCCUGACAGUCCCUCAGACGGAUUACCUGGUGGUGCACUGGUUUGUCUUCAUGUUCGACCUGACGGUGGCCAUCUGGAUGAUGUACUCCAGUACCAGACACGUGGCUAUGGUCUUCUGUGCUCUGUUCCACCUGAUGAAUAGCAGGCUGUUCCGUAUUGGUAUGUUUCCAUGGGUGUGUCUAGCAACGAUGCCAUUAUUUUACCCAUUCGACUGGCCCAAAACACUAGCAUCGUAUUCAAAUUGUAUCUACCGAAGGGCAAAGCAAAACAUCUGCUCAAAAAUUAAAGAGUUUCGGAAGGAAUCAAAUUGUGAAUGUCUGACAAAAGAUUCAAUGGAUCAGUUCAAUUCUGAUAACAAAAACAUGGUGAUCAAAGAAGAUGAUGAAACAGUUAUAAAUAAAAUUAAUGGGAAUGGUAUAGAAGAAACAAGUAAAGUUGAAACCAAACCUGAUAUUUGUAAGGAAUUAGCUAAAAUCGACGAUGAAGAUGAUAUUGAAAAAGACAAGAGAAAAGUUGUUGAUAAAGAAGAAACAUCAUCAAAUGAAGCAACUACAGACAAUGAUUUGCACAAAGUUAACAAAAGAAGGAAAGUAACACUGUAUUUGAUUAUGACAUACGUUUUCAUUCAAGCCUUUCUACCUUAUUCACACUUUAUAACAAAGGGCUACAACAACUGGACGAACGGUCUGUACGGCUACUCCUGGGACAUGAUGGUCCACACGUGGGAUGUCAGCACAGUCAUCGUCAAAGUUGUGGACAACGAUAGCAAAGAAAUGAUGUACAUCGACCCUCAAAUGUACACGCUCAACGACAGAUGGUCCAGACACGGAGACAUGGUCUACCAAUACGCGCGUUGUCUAAAGAAUAAUUUGGACAAAGUGAGGAAAGUAAAUUGGCGUCAUCCAUCGAAGGUUUUGUCUAGAAACAUUUCUAUCUACGUUGAUAUCUGGUGUUCAAUGAACGGCAGGUUUGUCCAAAGGAUGUUUGAUCCGAAGAUGGAUUUGUUGAAGACGUCAUGGUCCCCAUUUUGCAAGGUUCCGUACUUGAUGCCUCUGUUAGAUGAGGCGGUACAUUGGAGGAAGGACAUGGACGACAUCAGGAACGAUGUACAUUCUUGGAGUGAGCACAGUGAUGUCGUUUUCUUUGCUGAUUUUCCAGGCUACGAUCAAGAGAAGUACAUUCCAGAAGAAUUGCAAAACGUCACUCUAACUGUCCUAGAAGGUGACGUCGUCUUCGAGCCUGAAGUGACCAAUCAGCGCAUAGGACAGUCCUUCAAACUAACUAGAGGAGAUAGCAUCAAGAUCAUACCAGGAACAUUCCACAAAGUCCUGAAUAUUGGAGAGGAACCUGCUUUUUACAUGUAUACCUUCUUCAACAACACACAAGGGGAUACAAAAGAAAUGACGACAAAUGUGAAACUGCCCAUUUUCAAAGAAUUGUACCGUAGAUUAUAUAGCAUGUUCGUUUUUGCAGAUUUAGUCAUCAACAAUAUAUUUCAAUUGUUUAAAUUUCCUCAAUGCACUUCUUAAAUUGGUCAGACACGAAUGGUGGUUAGUACGCUUAGUAUGAGUUUGCUUUACGUUUAAAAUAAUCAUAACUAAAUAUUUUCGCCCAGGGUACCUAUCAGUGGCCCUUAGGCCGGCACUGCUGACCUCCGCCAUGAAAAAAGAAUUUGGCUAUAGUUUAGAGUUCUUACCGGGAAAUAUAGGAAUCUACUUAGAUAUAAUACACCUGUAUAAUCUGUAUUUCCAUAAAAACACUAUUUGCAUUGCAUAAAUUAGUACCCACCUAUUAGCACUUAAGUUUGUAGUACUUAUAUUUUCAAUUUUGGUACCUAAAAUGUCCAUUUAAAUCUCAAUUAAUUUACUUAAUUAUCACUGUUUUUAAUUUUAAGUAUUAUAAAUGCAAUAUUUUAUAUGCAAAUGCCUCAAGAGAUUUUUCUCAAUUAUUCAAAAACUAAUGAUAUUUAAAUAUAUUUAAAGAGGUACAUAAUUAUUAAUAACUUCAAAAAUAAUAUUAGUUUAUUUAAAGUCAAAAUUAUAUUAUUUAUUUCAAAUAGCAAAUAUUACAAUACAAAAAAACAAACGUAAGUGUCUGUCGAUCAAUUCUCUAGUGAAGUUAUUGUGUACAUACUUUAAUACUUUAAUUAAUAUUGUUUAUCGCAAACGACAUUGUCUAAAAACUA